AUGGAUUCUGAAGAUUCUCGAGAUGCUACUGGAGAUGCACAAUCAUCCUCAAGUAGUAGUAGCUCAAGUUCUCGAAGUCGUCGAAGUUCAUCAUCAGAUAGCUCUAAAAAAGACCCCAAAUCCCCUCCUCACUCUCCGGCUUCUCCUAGGUCUAAUGGACCAAGAUCUCCUUCACCAGAAAGUCAUUCCCAACUGUCACAAAGAUCCACAUCAGAUAGUAAGAGACCACACUCCCCCGAUAAUUUAAGUGGAGCUCAUUCAGAUAUUAAUUCUCCAGAAAAUUCUAUGCCUGCUUCACCAUUGGCUCCUAAGUCUCCUGAUGCACCAAAAUCUCCAAGUGAUGUAGCUUCAAACAUAGGUUCUCCAGAGCAACCAGAACAUUACUCAUCACCCCCUCCAUCAGCUGGUGAUGAUGGUGAUCAUCCAAAAUCACCACAAAGUCCUAAUAGUUCUGUGAAAUCUGCACCUGGUUCACCAGCAAAUAGAUCUCAACCAGUUUCACCCAAUUCUGCCUCCCAGGUUACAUCCCCCUCCCGAAUUAUUGAACCACGGUCUCCUACAUCAAGUCCAUCACCAGACAGAGCGUCAUCACAGUCUUCUAAUCCUAGAUCUCCAAUUAAGAAAAAUGAUUGGAGUCCAAAAGAGAAAUGGAGGAGGCACACAAAGGCUGAACAAAAGAUGGUAUCUACACCACAAAAUCGCAGUCGGUCAGAGUCAAGUCAAUCAAGCAGAAGUUCAUCAUAUAAUAAAAGAACUAAUUCUAAGGAUCCAGCUACGGAAGCCAUUUCAGAUGGUGAAAUGGAAUCAGAUCAAGAGGAUCACAAAUCAAGUAAGUCUGUAGCAAGUGAAAAGCCUGAAAAAGAUCACAACAUAAGUCAUGAGGACUUAUCUGAUGUAUCAGAUGUUGAUUCAGAUGGACCAGAUGAUACAGAAAAGGAAACAAAGACCAAAUCUAGAUCUCCUUCCCCUGACAAAAGAGAAGUUGUGAAUGGCAAUGAUGGAACAAGUUCACAGUCAUCCCCUAAAUCUGAUUCUGGAAAAAAAGAAAGCCAUAAAUUGGAAAAAAUGCCUCAAGAAAAAAUAAGUAACACAGAGGAUGGUGAAGAACAGUUAGAUUUUGAAGCAGAAGAGGGAGAAUGUAUUGAACCAAAAGCUAAAGAUCAAUCAAAUGGUGAUAUUGAUGCACAAAGUGAAGAAGUUAAAGCCGGUCGUCGUUCACGAGGUUCGUCGCUAGAAGAGGGUGAAGUGUCAGAUGAAGCAGAGCGGCGGCCAGAGGAGAGUGAGCCACGGCCUGUGUGCAGGUUUUUCUCUAGGGGAGCUUGCACUUGGGGUGUUAGUUGCAGAUUCCUGCACCCGGGCGUGACGGACAAAGGCAACUACAACAUGUUCGAGGUGGUGCGCGGCGUGCCGCCCGCCGGCGCCUUCCCGCCGCCGCGCGACGCCGCCCCGCCCGAGUCCGCCUGGGAGCGGGGACUUCGGACCGCUAAAGAGAUGCUCAGGAUAGCCAACAAAAGAAAAGAACAAGAUAUGGACUUUGAGGAGAAGAAGCUACACCUCUCCGUAGGCGGAGUGGUACAUGACCCGGACGCGGAACUAGCGUACGCCGCCGCGGCCGUCGGGGCUUCCCCGCCUCACGACAUACCGCCGCCGCACAGAGAUCCGGAGAUGUAUAGAUCAUACGGUGUAAUGUACCGUGGCGGUCGCUUCCCCCGGCCGCCGAUGGACGAGCGCGAGCGCUACUACGAGCGCGAACGCGGCUACGACCGCGAGCGCGCGUACGAGCGGCCCCCUUACUACGAGGAACAUAUGGCCGCGCCAGAAGAUCCACAGUAUCAUAAGAGACGCGUACGUUCAUCCCGGGAAGUUAUAGUACAGCGGGCCGAAGUAGAACGACGCGAAGGUCGUGAGGGUCGUGAGGGGAGGGUUCGAGACGGUCGGGAGGGACGUGGGGACGAGUGGGCGGACCCUUGGAUGAGGGCUGAACCCGCUGCCAGAAGACGAAGACCUCCUUCCUCAGAGGACUCAUACAGCUCUUCAAGCUCUUCAAAUUCCAGUUCGCGUAGUUCAGGCAGCCCCGGGGCCAGGCGUAAAAGGAGGGCGUCUUCAUCAUCACGACAAAGGCUGUCGCCGUCGGUGAUCGUGCGCGAGCGGCGGCUGGCGUCGGCGCGCGCCACCGCCAUGAACCCGCCGGCGCCGCGCCGCCGCGCGCCCUCGCCCGCCGCCGCGCGCCAGCUCGCCGUCAACCCGCCGCCGCCCGUGCACCGGCAUAAGGACGAGGUGGAUCCGUAUGGACGCAACAAAGCCUCCAGUCGCAGCCGAAAUAGAAAAAAAUAUUCCAGAUCCUCAUCUUCAGGUUCAGAGUCAUCGUCCUCAUCAAGUGAGUCAGAGAGCGAGUCGCGCUCGUCGUCCUCGUCCGGCAGCUCCGGCGCCCGCCGCGCUCGCCACGCGCGCCUGCUCAACGCGGCGGCUAGACCCAGGAUGGGCGCUAAAUCAAAUUCUGGCUUGGCUGCUGCUGUAUCCACUGUUACAAGUAAAAAAGAAGCGUCAAGUGAGAAAGAACUAGUAAGUAAGAAAAGAUCGGCGACGUCACCGGUGGGUGGCGCCGCACCUGCGAAGAAAUCAGUAUCAAGACGAGAGGAACUAUUGAAACAACUAAAAGCAGUUGAAGACGCGAUCGCUAGGAAAAGGUCUAAAAUU